CCGUGGAAAAACAAACCCCGCAUAUCAUCAAAAUCCGCAUUUUACACCCAACUACCGUCCGGAAUCCGUUUUUCUGUGUCAGAUUUUACGUUUCAGAGCGACAGACCCGGGUUUUCGCCGCUCUUUGGGGCCGCGCGGGCGGUGUUGUUUAUCUGUAGUAAGGGGGGGGGGGGCUUGAAACCGGCCUCCCUUGCCCCAUUUCCUCGGUUGUUUUCCUUCUCUCGCCUGGAUUCUCCAUGUUGUUGGUGCAGAAGUGACGGCAGAGGGGGGCUGCUCGGCGGCUAUCACCACCAAAUAGUAGCGGUACAGCCGAGGAGACGGAGCGGGCAGAGUGUCAGAUAACCUCCGGGAAACAUAUCCCAGCGCCUCGCCCCCCUCACCUCCUCAUUCCUCCUAAGACAGCCGACUGAAGACCAAGAAGAAGCAGCGGUGUGGGAGAAGAAAGAAACCAGGCAGGGACGAGAUAAAUCCGGACCGUAACUGAGGCGGGUCACACGGCAACCUCGGUGAAUACUGCUAGAGUCGCCUUAUCAAUAAAAAAAAAACCCAAUGAGGGACGCCCAUCAGUGCUCGGGGACAGGAUUUGAGGAUUUUGAGGGCUCCGUGAUUGUCAGAUGGAAAGUUCUGUUAUCACCCAAGUGCAGAAAGAAGACGUCCAAGUGUCACCGAAAGCAGGUCAGGUGAGCCGCUCUGCCCUGAAACAGCCUCGGAGUUGUAACAUCUUCAAAGCCCUCUUCUGCUGCCUUAAAGUCCAGGAUGGCCCCAAACCAUUACCUCCACCACCUUCCCAGCCUGCCUUGCUGGACUCGCAGGAAAAUGGAACAGUUGUCAAGGAAACACAACUAUCAGAAGUUAGCCUCCUGCCUGAGGUGAAGGCCCAGGACCAGGGGAAGAUCUGUGUGGUCAUAGACCUGGAUGAGACCCUGGUGCACAGCUCCUUCAAGCCCAUUAGUAACGCAGACUUCAUCGUGCCGGUGGAGAUAGAGGGGACCACACACCAGGUGUAUGUUCUGAAGCGGCCGUACGUGGAUGAGUUCCUGCGGAGAAUGGGAGAAAUGUUUGAAUGUGUGCUGUUUACAGCCAGUCUUGCUAAGUAUGCAGACCCAGUGACGGACCUGCUGGAUCAGGGCAGCGUGUUCCGGACCCGGCUGUUCCGGGAAUCUUGUGUGUUCCACCAGGGCUGCUACGUGAAAGACCUGAGCCGCCUGGGCAGGGACCUCAACCGGACCCUCAUCUUGGAUAACUCCCCUGCCUCAUACAUCUUCCACCCUAAUAAUGCUAUUCCCGUGGCGUCGUGGUUUGACGACGCGGAUGAUGCUGAGCUGUUUAACCUACUGCCCGUAUUCGAGGAGCUCAGUAAGGCCGAUAACGUUUACACUCGGCUGGACCAGCUGCGGGAACAGUAGUUCCCUCACAGCUGCUGCUCGUCCGACAAAUCCACCAGAUCCAGAGAGACCGAGAAAAAGACGUCACAUUUUCCUUUGUAUCGGUGUGCGGAUGAGGAGCUAGCCCAAACCUGAGGACAUUGACAACCACUUUUUUUAAAAGCACUACAAGAAAGACUGGGAAUGGACCAAAGCCAUCCCAUCACAAUCACUCCAGCUGGUAUAAAUAUGAAAGUGGAUCUUUUGCAAAGCAGCGUCUGCUUGCCCUCACUUGACUUUUAGAUAAUGGUUUGCUUUAUUGUGCCUUUUAAGGAACAAGAGUGAAAAAAAAAAAACAUUUUCUAAUUCCACCAGAUUUUUAUACAUUUAUAGAUUCCUUUUUUAUGCAAGGAAAUAUAUUUUUAAAUGGUGAACAUUGUUUCUCUAUGCAACCCGGGUCGGUAAUAACAUGGUGUACCUCUUGCGGUCGACAGAUGUACAGUUCUGUGAAAAAGUCUUGGACCCUUUACAGAUUCCUGCUUUUUUUUUGUCUCACUUAAAUGUUUCUAAUCAUCAAACAAAUUUUAAUAUUAGACAAAGAUAACCUGAACAAAAAAAAACUUUUUAAAUUAUGGUUUUAUUCAUUAAGGGGGCAAAAGAUUUCGAAACCAGCUUGGUUCUGUGUUAAAAAUCAAUGUCCAGAAUCUAGAACAUGUCUGACAACACAAAGUAGGGAAAAGAUCUCGAGUAGCAACACGUCAUGCUUUGAAUAAAAAACAAGAAAAGAUGAUAGACAAAAUCAUUAAGACCUAUCAGUCUGGAAAGGGUUAGAAAGCCAUUUCUAAAGCCUUGGGACUCCAGCGAACCACAGAAACAGAGAAACCAUGGAACAUUGGUGAAUCUUCCCAGGACCGAUCGGUCUACCAAAAUUACUCCAAGAGCGUGUCCAGUUGUCCAAGGGGGCCCCAAAAGGAGUAACAGGGUCAAUUAUUCCCAGUCUAUCCCAGACCCAUAAAUGGAUAUUCCAACCAUCAAAAUGUCAGAAAAACAUAUUCAGGGAGCCGGUGUUCUGUAAGGUUUAUGAAGGUAGUGUGAUGAUCUGGGACUGUUUGGGACAGCUUGCUGUAAUUGAUGGAAAUAUGAAUUCUGCUCUGUAGAAGUAAAACCUACAGAAGAAUGUCUGGCCAUCGUUUCUUCACUUUGGUUAUGCAGCACAUAAAAUGCUGUAACAUGACCUAAGGCUGGAUCCUUAAUACCUGAAAGCCCUCCAAUUAAAACUAUUCGGCAAAGCAAAGUGGGCCAAAAUUCCUCCACAGCGACAUAAAAGACUCACUGGCAAUUAUCACAAACACUCGAUAGCAGUUCUUGCUGCCAAGAAUGCAGAUCUGAAACGCUGAAGUGAAAGAAAAAAGCAAAAAAACUGGGGAAAUCUAUAAUGGGGUGAAUACUUUUUCAUGGCACUGUAAUAGUUGCUGUAUGCUUAUUUACAUCAAAACAAAGUGGAUAUAAAUCAUUUGUGCUGUAAACACGUUUUUCAACACAUGCAAUAUAAAUAAUCAAUGUUCAGAUUGAUGUUGUUGGUAACGGGCUGAGAAAGCAGGGCAAGAUGUUUGAGGGUCCGUUGUAAACAGUUACACUGGAUACGCUGGCACAUAGGAUGAUCAUAAAUGUUAAGAGUUUUCACACAAUACUUCAUUUGUUACUGUGUUUUUCUUUCUUUCCAAAUGACAAACAACUUGCACUUGUUUUAUAUCGACAGUGCUGAAAGUAAAAACUGUGCCUUUGGAAACGGGGACAGAGAGAAAAGCGUUCCGCCUGAACAGAGAUUUGUAGGCCUACACACUCCGAUGUGUAACGCUGAGCGGGAGAAACACUGUCAGGAACAAAGAGGGGAAUGCCAGCGGCUGUGGUACUUGCAGUGCAACACUUGAAGCUAUCAAAUUUGAUAUUUUGAAAUUGCUAGGUGUUUUUUUCUAUAUAUAUUUAUUGGCCAAAAGAAAGUUGUAAUUGUCCAGGACUUCUUAAUGCUCGGCAUUUUAUAUUGUGAUCCGUUUUGCCUAUAUUGAGGCUGGCCUUGUGUUUUAACUGUUUAUCUGUGCCUAUAUAACACCUUUUGAUGAUGGAAAAAUCUCAAACCUGUUCAGUUAUAGUAAAUUUUAUUUACAAGCACGUGUUUAUCUGCUAUUAAUUCAGUUCUAAUUCAGAAUGUCAUUUUGUGAGGAUAUGUUUUCUUUGGUAGGACGGUUUUUACAAUGUUUGUCUGAUGCAAUUAUUGCCUGCAUGUUGACGAGUCAAAUAUGAAAAUAUAUGUUGUGAUGACCAUAAGUAUUUGGAGAAGUCUCAAUUCUUUUGUGCAAAAACAAAAAGUAAAAGAAACAUUUUAUACCUGAUCGGACCAAAACAAAAAAGAAGGUGCUACUAACUUUGAUUUUAAAAUAAAAUUUGGUUAUAUUUUA